CACGUGCAAGUCUAGUUUUAGUGACGUAACUUCGCCUUAUGCGCACGUGCUGUCUAGUACCUCUCAACGGUUUACCUAGUUUAAACUCGUUUUUAGUGUAAUUUAUAUAGUUUUAUGGUAAGUUGGCAAGUAAAUUAUAUUGCCGGAGUUAAAUGUUUCACUAUUUAAUUGUUACGAGAUUUGUAAUAAAAUUGCUUUGGUGAAUCAUAUAUAGAGCAGAAAAUGCCAUUUGUUCCUCAAAGUUGAAUUUUCAGGUUAAGGAAAUUCGUUUUGUUUUAUGCAGCUUUAUUAGUGUCUACGAUCAGAACGUUUCGUAAUGAUUAUGAAAUCAGCGUAUUAAACAAUGAUUUGUAAAUUACUUUCACGGUUUUAAAGAGAAAAAAGAUAUGUCAUAUAGUAUUUCUUUUAUGAAGUACAUAACAGACAUUUGAUAUGAAUUAUAACUGUUUUACGAAUGACCGGGGUAAUGACAAACACGUAAGCUGUAAACUUGGAUGACGCAGAGAGUUUUGAAUGCUACGGCAUAGAAAAUUUUUAUGGAAACUACCAUCUAAGUCAUUUCGAUUCCUCAUGCUUAAGAGUAUUUGGUUUCAAUACAGAUCAAGGUCAUUUAAAAGAAUAAGAGCAUUAGAAGUAAUAAAGUUAUUGAAAAAUUGUUUUAUCAGAAAUAAUAUUUAUGAACCUAAUGAAUCUGCAAGAUAUCUUGUAGGUCACAUUUUUCACAUGAAACCUAAUACUCAUUGUUACCGUUAUAAAUUUGAUAAUCAUUAUUUGAAGUUUAAUCAUAUUAAACAGUUACGAAAAUUAGUCAAGAAAAGAUUAUCCAGGGUUCCAAUUCAAUAUAUUAUUGGCCACUGGUGUUUUUACAGAAGUGAUUUUUUACUUGAAAUGAAAUGCCCUGUUUUUAUACCCAGACCCGAAACUGAAUUUCUGGUGGAUGUAGUGAUUAAUAACAUAAAUGAUUUGAUAACAAAUGUAUCAGAAAAUUCUAGAAAUUCUUUUAAAUGUCAUGUUCUGGAGAUUGGCUGUGGCACAGGAGCUAUUAGUUUGGCUGUUUUAAAGACAUUUUCAGAAAAAUUCAAAGAAAAAUAUGUUAGCUUUAUAGCAGUUGAUAAAAGUUUGGAAGCUGUUAAUUUAACAAGAAGGAAUGCAAAAAACUUAGAAGUUGAUUUGUUUGUUUUGCAUGACAAAUUAACAUCUUCAGGAAUUUCAAAGUUAAAAUCCAUGAAAUUUGAUAUUAUUGUCAGCAACCCUCCUUAUGUAUGCACCUCUGAGAUAGGACAUUUGCAGCCUGAAAUCAAAAGAUAUGAAGAUCAUUGUGCUUUAGAUGGAGGAGAAGAUGGUUUAGAUGUAGUAAAAAAUAUUUUAAGAGCAUCUGAACACUUACUAAAGUUAAGAGGAAAAAUUCUCUUGGAAGUGUCUUUAUUCCAUCCUCAAAAAAUAUUACAUAUUCUAAAAGGAAAUGAAUUUCCUUACUUAGAACUUAAAAGUAUAUAUAAAGAUUGUACAGAAAGAGAAAGAUUUGUAGAAAUUAUUAAAAAUACAAAAUGUCAUCUUUAUGCUUCUGGUUACUAUUGGCCUUCAUUUCCUCUUCAGUAUCAGUGGAAGAUAAUGGUGUGGCCAACGAUUAUAUAGAUGAAGUACUAAAUAAUUUCAGACGUGAAAAAGACAUGGUUCAGAAAAUCGAUCCGAUAAAACUUCCAGAUAUAAACGAAGACAAAUUUAAAGGAUCGAAUAUA